AUGAGUGAUGUCUACAUGGUACAAUAUUCGUCAACUUGUGAACCAUUAUUGGUUCCGUCAAUUGGCAGCACUCUGAUCGCAUUUGACCCAAAGUGCAAACCCGAAUCAGUGCCGAAGGAUAAUGACAGUUUAAAUGGAAAAAUUUCGAUAAACGGUCGAAAGCCAUCAAAUAUGCAUUAUUCAGGAGCAAAAACUGCUGCUGUUAUGCAACCAAUUGAAGAGAUACCAUCAGAUUAUGCGACAAAAAAUUCAGCACGCUAUGGGACAUUACAGUCAAAUACAAGGGGCAAAAAAGCUGAAAAAAUUUCAGACUGUCUUCCCGACUUUAUCGUACGAUUUGAAAUUGUUCAGGGCAUAGAAAUGCAAGCGAAAGCGUCAAUAUCAUUUGCUGCUAAUACUCCAGAAAUUUGUUUAGAUGCUUGUAAGAAGAAUCACGCAAAUGGGACUCGACUCUCAACAACUUGCCGUUCUGCUCAAUACGAUCGGGUGCAGCAGCGGUGUUCAUUUUUUGAUAAUUCUAUAACACCAUCUGGAAGUGCUCAAUAUGAGCCAAACAAAGAUGUAAUUUAUUUUGAAAAAAUUUGUCUUCCAGAAGUUUUGACGCAAAAUUGUGAGGGUUCUCUCCGACGGGUACCUCAAUACGUGCUCAGCGGUCAUGCGACAGCAGUUUUAGAUGCUCAAACGCAUAGUGCGUGUGUUGAAAUGUGCCUGAGAUCUGCGGAAGACUAUGGAUUUGAAUGCCGGUCAGCAAUUCAUUUUUACGAAUAUCCGGCCCUUAACUGUAUCCUUAACAUUCAUUCGGCUCGUACUCGUCCAAACUAUUUUAAGGCCGAAUUGAAUCAAAAGGUUGACUAUGUUGAAUUGAAUGACUGUCAAACCCAUGGGAAUCAAGGAUUGGUGGCAAAUGAUAAUACUCUUGAAGGGUUUAUUGAAAUGGCACAAGAGAAAUCGGAAAAUGACAAAGAUGCGAUAAAUGAAUCUUGUAAUCCUCUACAGGUCUGUUGUCCUCGUCCAUUACCGAAUGGCCUUAGCGACUGUAAACAUGGUUACCGAAUUCUGAAGAAUGGCUCAAAAUUUGACUGCAUUCCAGAAAGGUGCACAAAUGAUUACAGAUCAUAA